AUGCCCCCCGCAGCCGCCGGCCUUUCUCUGAAGCCAAAUAUUGGUGUUUAUACGAAUCCAAAGCAUGACUUGUGGAUUAGCGAGGCCGAGCCUACUGCUGAGAGUGUUUCCGCGGGCUCGGAUUUGAAACCCGGUGAAGUGACAAUUGCUAUUCGAAGCACCGGUAUUUGCGGCUCUGAUGUUCACUUUUGGCACGCUGGCUGUAUCGGCCCCAUGAUUGUGGAAGGAGACCACAUCCUGGGUCAUGAAUCUGCUGGCGACGUCAUCGCAGUGCACCCAUCCGUCACAAGCUUGAAGGUUGGAGACCGUGUGGCAGUUGAGCCCAACAUCAUCUGCAAUGCUUGCGAGCCCUGCUUGACAGGGCACUACAACGGCUGCGAGAAUGUCGCCUUCUUGUCCACUCCCCCCGUGCCGGGGCUUUUACGCCGAUAUGUCAACCACCCGGCUGUGUGGUGCCACAAGAUUGGCGACAUGUCGUAUGAGAACGGCUCACUUCUUGAGCCCUUGAGUGUAGCUCUUGCCGGCAUGCAACGAGCCAAGAUGCAGCUCGGAGACGCAGUCCUGGUCUGUGGUGCCGGCCCAAUCGGACUGGUCACUUUACUGUGUUGCGCUGCCGGUGGCGCUAGCCCCCUCGUUAUCACUGACAUAUCAGAGAGCAGACUCGCUUUUGCCAAGGAGCUCUGCCCGCGCGUAAUUACUCACAAGAUCGAACCCGGCUCCGCUGAGGACACGGCAAAGGCCAUUGUAAAAGCAUUUAACGGAGUUGAGCCUGCCCUGACCAUGGAGUGCACCGGUGUCGAAAGCAGCAUCAGCGCUGCCAUCUGGGCGACCAAGUUUGGCGGCAAGGUGUUCAUCAUUGGUGUUGGAAAGAACGAAAUCAACAUUCCAUUCAUGCGCGCCAGCGUGCGUGAAGUCGACAUUCAGCUGCAAUACCGGUACAGCAACACUUGGCCUCGAGCCAUUCGCCUGGUGGAAAGCGGUGUCAUUGAUUUGUCGAGGUUGGUGACGCAUAGGUUCCCCCUUGAAGACGCCUUGAAGGCCUUUGAGACGUCGGCAGACCCGAAGAGCGGGGCUAUCAAGGUACAGAUUCAGAGUUUUGACUAG